AUGGAUAGUUUUUUAAAGCAUGUUGAUAAGGUUUUUAUAGAAGAUGCAGAUGAAUACUAUGCAUACAAUGUAUUAGCAUUUAUCUCUUGGUUAAUAAUUUUCUUUAUAUUAAUAUUACUAUUUGUUUUAUUCAUAAGAUUUAUUGUUGUAAUGAUAUACUUAUAUAUAUUUAGAAGAUCUACAACAAAUAACUCAAAUCAACCAAAUAUAGUUGUAAAUAAUAAUACUUUUAAACCUGAAAAUAUUACACCACAACAGGUGGAUAAAAAUGAAUCAGUUGAAAUAGAUACAAAUAAAUAA